UUAGAUCAUUUCGCUCGUGCCACAUUCUGUGAAAGGAUCCGCGCUUGUGGCCACGAAAACCAAAGAGCUAUUAUCGCUAAUUAAAAGUGGACAGCUGAUAUAGAGCCUUUGAGACAGUUCUCGAUAUUCAGACAAGCGCAGUCUAGUACGAGGAAGAAUUCUUUGUGAAACCUACACGAUUCAUUCCUGUCAGCAAUUUGUUUGAUACAUUAUCGCGGCUGCUUCAACCGAUGUUAUCUCGAACUGAGAGGAUAUCCAAAUCGUAGCGAAAUUCUUCAAAAAUUAAAGUGCGACAACACUUAUCAAGCUGGAAGUAAUGGACAACACAUCGAUCACUAAUUCGACCCAAAUUCCAGAAAAAGGCGAAAACGUUCUGAUCAUAUUCUUGGACAGUCUGAUCCUACUCCUGAGCUUAUCUGGGAACUCUUUGGUUAUUUACACUAUCCAAAAGGAACGCAAGCUGCAGACAACUUGCAAUUAUCUACUCCUGAACCUAGCAAUAUGCGACAUCGUCGUAGUUUCUCUUGGAACAUCAAUUGAUAUUAUGUUGCAGUUCACAAAAUCGAAGUGGAUCUUGGGUUCAUUUCUAUGCCAUAUCAUCAGCCCAGCUCUGACGAUGUUCUAUAUUUCGGCGUCCCUGAUUUUGGUGGUUAUCUCCAUAGAUCGUUACAAAAUGUUUGUUCACCCGCUAAAGGCGCGCUACCAGCGAAAGCACGUGAAAUACGCUGUGAUAAUCGUUCACGCCAUCUCCCUUUGUUGUGUUUUGCCUUUCGCGUACUUCUCCACGAUCACCGACGGAUACUGCUAUGAUUCCUGGCCAGAGAUCUGGUAUCGAAAGGCGUAUACGGUCUUCCUCUUUCUAAUGCAGUACGCGAUCCCUCUUUUAAUAAUGGGAUUUGCAUACGUUGGCGUAGCUAUCUCGCUGCUUCGCAACAAGUCUGCGUUCAAGAAGAAAUUUGAUAGCCAGGCCUCGACUCCUAUGAAAUCACUAGUAAGUUUAGCAUCCCGGUCUCAAAUGCACGACGGUUUAACUGAAAACGAGCACCACAAAACAUCGGCGGUUUGCCGCCCUAUGAGCGAUGGCAAAGAACGAACUAUGUCUGUUAUAUUAGAAAACAACGGAAGAGUAAGCAGUGCGAAAAGUGACGUCAACCAGAACAACAAAGCCGGAGGUAAGAGAUCUAUAGAACGAUGCUUCAGGCCUUGUCGUAAAAGCAGAAUCUCUGAUGAGAAAUAUCUAAUUCAUAAUGGUGAUAAAAAUUCGAAUAUUAGACCCGAAGUGAAGAGCCCCACCCAAUCCGAGACCACUCGUGAACGGGGACCAUCGUCACCGGAUCGAAUGCAAAUGAAACGCGCGAAUGCUAUUCGACGCCGCGAUCGCACCGGGACAGUCUCAGGCACGCCGUCAAAACGAGAUCAACGCAACAACCGCGCCCUUAAAAUGAUCCUACUUGUUGUUGUCGUUUUUGCCCUGUUCAUGCUUCCUAUGCAAAUCAUGAGCCUGCUGCUAGACUUUGGUGGGAAACCGACGCCGGAGAAGUUUGAAAUAUACGCUUGGUUUGUAAUGUGCUCGUAUUUCGGCAGCUGUACGCUCAAUCCUUUCAUCUACGGCCUAGUAGAUCGAACAUUUCGUGCAGGAUUCAAGAAAUUUGCGAAGAAGCUCGCUGGUGUGUGGAAGUGCUCGUCGAACUAGAGUAAAAAGGACGUAUUGCGAGCACCACGAUCAAUGAUUGCAGUGAAGAUGUGGGAUGUUCAUUUGGCUAUGCAUGUCCACUUUAACUCAACAAAUGAGAAAACUCAUGCAUCUUUUCAUGUUUGUCUCUCGAUGGACAUAAUCAGUAUUAGACGUUUUCUAGAUCUGACUGCAUGCAUUUCGGUAAAAUGUACAUCCGCCAUUUUUUCCCGAUAUCGCGUGGAUUGUUUCAACUUUGAUGGUGAAAUGAAGUUUUUACUUUACCAUUCAGCUUCCGGCCAGAGACAAUUUUGCCAUCAUUAUCGCCCUCUCGUCUGCUUAGUCUUCUAUUUAUCAAAACAAGUUAUAUUAUCAAUAACCGCAGACCCAAGUGUAGAUUCUUGAUUAGAGUGAUUUUCAUAUAUAAAAAAAAUGAUCAAAACAUUAUAGAACUGCUAUUGCCUGAUAGAUCAGUCCGUAUAACUUAUAACAACAAAUUAAUAUGUUGUGGUGGCGUUUAAAGAUAGAUUUUAUUGUCUAUUUGCACGUCGUGAUUAAUAAUUAUACGAAUAUUGACGAAUCUUUGUACAUUUAAACGGAUGACA